AUGGAUGAAGUUACUAGCACAGAAACUUCAUCUCAAGAAGUGCCAAAUGCUGAAUGUCCUCUUUGGCAAUAUGUGACUAAAGUAGAAAAACCACCGGGUGCUACCGUUAAAAAAGGGGGAAACACAUACUUUAAGUGCAAUUAUUGCGGUGUGGUUUAUUUGGGAUCCUAUUCUAGGGUUAAGGCUCAUUUAUUGAAAAUUGCUAAUAAAGGUAUUAAAGCAUGUCCUAAUGUGACACUGAGCCAUAGGUUGGAAAUGCAGCGAAUGCAUGAUCAAGUUGAGAAGGAUAAGUUAGAGAGUGAACAGAGAAGUCGAAUUCCCUUACCCCCACCUAUCCCAAGCUGUGGGCCUAUACCUAUUUCCCCAUUUCGGAGACAGGAAGGGAGUGAUAGUACAAAUCCAGUUGAUGGUAAGAGGAGGAAGGUGGUUGGGAUUUCUCCUAUUGAGAAAGCAUUCCAGAAUACUACUAGAUAUGAAUUGGAUAGUAGAAUUGCUAGGAUGUUUUACAUUGGUGGGCUUCCAUUUAACUUUGCAAGGAACCCAUAUUAUUGUAAUUCCUAUGCAUAUGCUGCUACCCAUAACAUCCCAGGUUAUGUUCCUCCUAGAUACAAUGCCUUGAGAACAACACUUUUGCAAAAAGAAAGAGCUCAUGUUGAAAGACUCUUGAAACCAAUUAAGGAUUCUUGGCUUGAAAAUGGUGUAAGCAUAGUUUCUGAUGGAUGGUCAGGUCCACAAAGAAGGCCUCUUAUUAAUAUUAUGGCUGUAUCAGAUGGGGGUCCGGUGUUUGUAAAGGCAAUUGAUGGGUCGGGUGAGUUCAAAGACAAACAUUAUAUUGCUGGGGUGUUGAAGGAUGCUAUAAAAGAGAUUGGACAUGAAAAAGUUGUCCAAGUCAUCACUGAUAAUGCUAAUGUGAUGAAAUCUGCUAGAGCUCUUAUUGAAGCAAAAAAAACUGAAAAGAAUGAAGUUACAUAUGAGGAAUCUAGUUGGAUUACACGUAUUGCUGAUGAUGCAUCUUUCAUACGUGUUUUUAUUAUGAACCAUUCAAUGAGGUUGGCAAUGUUUAAUGAAUAUAGUCCAUUAAAAUUGCUCCAAGUUGCUGAUACUAGAUUUGCUUCAAUUGUUGUAAUGCUGAAAAGGUUGAAGUUGAUAAAAAGAUGCCUUCAAGCCAUGGCUAUUAGUGAGCAAUGGGCUUCUUAUAGGGAGGAUGAUGUUGGAAAAGCUGUAAAGGUGAAAGAUAUGAUUCUAAGUGAUCUUUGGUGGGAUAAAGUUGACUAUAUCCUUGAAUUCACAGCACCUAUUUAUGAUAUGCUACGAGUAGCCGACGCAGAUAAGCCUUGUCUUCAUCUUGUGUAUUAG